CAAUGAAACGAAGGUGAUCAAAAUUUCAGGAGUAACGAAAGCACCAAUUCGGAGAUACAAUAGAAAUAAAAUAAUGGUGCGUUUGUUUUAUCGAUCUGGAUUUUGAACUCGCGAGCAGGUGCAAAAGAAUCGGGAUGACCUCCGCGAUCAUGAAUAGCGCAGCACGUCGGCAAACAUCCAAUCAUCGACUGUAGACAUGCCCGAUGCCUUCUUCGCGAUGGUCUCAUCAUCGUUUUAGAAAGAUGCUGACUAUAUGAGACUAAGAAUACGGCAUUCAGGAUUGAAGAAUACAGCGAAUGAGCUGCAUGUGAAUACUUGGGAAUCAAAUAUCAACGAGAAAUUACUCAUAAAACCCAAUUUUUUUGCCCUCCUAUCUUCGAUGUCACUAAUGGUUUUUUUCUUUUGUAUUCAUUAUCGUCUUUCCAUGCUGGGUGUAUAUUUGAAAUCACUCCGCAUAUUUUUAUGUGGCUUGUUCGUGUCUGGAUUAUCGAUUGGUUUGCACCACGCGGUGUGUGGUUGUUAAUCCACACAUAGUUGCCAUUAUCGAUGCUAAAUGUGGCGGCCGAAACGUCAACGCCGUUGCUUGUUGAACUUAAAGGGGGUGACACCUACAAUGGGCGCUUAGUGAGUUGUGAUUCAUGGAUGAACAUGAAUCUUACCGACGUCGUUUGCACUUCCAAACACGGCGACAAGUUUUGGAAAAUGCCCUCGUGUUACAUACGUGGUUCUGCCAUCAAAUACUUGCGAUUGCCACCGGAUUUGUUGGAUUCUACGAAACAAAAAGUCCAGGAAGACGAACGGCGAAAUAAAAUAAUGAGGGAACAGAAUAACGGAGGCCGAGGCGGAAGAGGAGGGCGUGGGCGCGGUGGAAGAGGACGGGGAGGAAGGGGGCGAGGCCGUGGUGGAAGAGGCGGAGGAAGAGGACGCGGAAAUAACAACAAUUACGGCGGAGGGAGAGGCUACAACAACAACUACCAGAAAUAAAGGUACCUAAUCAACGGGUACACAAUAUACUUAAAUUUAAUGAUUAUAACAGAUGGCAUAAACUCAACCUGUCAAG